GUAGUCCUCGCCCGCCUCGUCGCUUCCAGUACCAUCUUUCAUCUUCCAGGAGAGCUGGUUGGACGUUUUACUGCCACAGUUUUGCGAGCAGAGCAGGGAUUCAACCCAGCCAUGUCCGAGGAGGUUGAAGGAACGAGGACUUCUGAAGAACAGCAGGAAAUGGAGGACAAAGUAAUCAGUCCAGAGAAAUCUGAGGAGGCCAAACUGAAGGCCAGGUACCCUAACCUUGGAGCCAAGCCCGGAGGCUCAGACCUUCUCAGGAAAAGACUUCAGAAAGGGCAAAAGUAUUUCGACUCUGGUGACUACAACAUGGCCAAGGCAAAGAUGAAGAAUAAACAGUUGCCAUCGGCUCCAACAGAGAAGUCUGAGAUUACAGGCGGGCACAUCCCAACACCUCAGGACCUGCCGCAGAGAAAGACUUCGAUCGUGGCCAGCAAACUGGCUGGUUGAUGGUUUUAAGUUUACUGUUUUGUUACCAUUCCAAACCCACUUCAUAUCUACCUGUUUGUUUACGUUUUUUUUGCUUAUUUUUCACCUUUGUAUGUAUUCUCUAAGAACAAGUUGCGUACCAAGUCAAAUUCUUGAGGAAAAUUGGCAACUGUCAGCCACUGAGUUGUCAGUGAGUUAAAUCUAACAAAGUAGUUGCUAAAAAUGUUUCUCAAGAUCGUAUAAAAAGACUGAAUAGUGAUUAAUUUCUGAACAUGAUAUCACACUCGUAAAUAUGAAUGGAUGUUAGUGCUAUCUUAUUUACACAGAAUGUUUUCACUUUGAAGGAUAUAUGCCUCCAUGCAAAUUGCCUGAGCAGCUGAAGAGACUGUACAUUUAGCCAUGUUGCUAAAUUUAAAAAAGAAAAAAAAGACUUGAAUUAUGACCACAGAGAAAAUAUUGUCAGUUCGCAUUGAUAUAUGUAUGAGGUAGUAAUCUACAGAUAUACCUUCAAGUUUGAAGCUUUUUUGCGUAUUCACCCAUUCACAUGGAGGCAUGUCUGCUUAAAUAGUGAAAAGUGAAGUAAUCCAGCUUUGUUUGUUUUUGUUUUCUAAUACUUGAUUGUGUCUCUUCCUCUCUCUGUGAAGCGGUUUGAUUCUCAAAGUACUGAAGAUUAGAUCACACACACACACACACACACUUUGUAGCCAGUUGUAUUUCAAUUAAUUUUAGUGACAUUGGUUUGCAAAGACUUGCUGCUGCUGGUCUCCAUUUCAUUCUGACCUCUAAAAUGGCCUUAAAAGUAAUGUACCUUCUUGAGCAAUAUUUGCUCCCUCAGUGAAAAUCUUAGUUGUGAAUUUUGCCUGAAAUGUCUGUCACUGUCUGACUGGAAUCACUUAGGAUUUUAUGGAAAGAAACUCCCUUGAUGUGUUUGGAAGUGUGCCUGUGCAUUUACUGUGCGGUCACACUGUGCCAUUUGUUUUGUAAAUAAAAUAGUUUUGCAUAAUUUCUUAUAAGUACACU